AUCUAUGGCCAAUAUAUACUUGGCGUCGCCAUCGAGAGCUCGCUCGCCCGCUACGUGUCGGAAGAGGGCGACGGUGGAUUCGCGUUGAGCCGCUCGGAUCCACGCCAUCGCUUUCCUUCGCCUCCUCGUUCUCGGCCCGGGAUCCCCGGUAGCGCCGCACCUGACGGCGCCAAUACCAUGAGUGGUUGCCCCCGGCGUUCCCGCUCCUUGGAUCUCGCCGACAGACCCGCCCCGAAGCAUCCAGAUGGACGCUGCCUCUCGGCCCGUGGUGGUCAUCGACAACGGCUCCGGGUACACAAAAAUGGGAUUUGCUGGCAAUGUUGAACCUUCCUUCAUCAUCCCUACUGUGGUUGCUGUCAAUGAGUCUUUUUCAAAUCAAUCAAAGAGUAUCAGUAAAGGAAAUUGGGUUGCACAGCACAGUGCAAGUGUAAUGGCUGAUCUUGAUUUUUCAAUUGGAGAAGAAGCUCUAUUGUAUUCUCGCUCUAGUACUACAUAUGGUCUUAGUUACCCUAUUCAUCAUGGUCAGGUGGAGAAUUGGGAUGCAAUGGAAAGAUUUUGGCAACAAUGCAUCUUCAAUUAUUUACGUUGUGACCCAGAAGAUCACUAUUUUCUUCUGACCGAGAGUCCACUUACUGCUCCUGAGAGUCGUGAAUAUACAGGGGAAAUCAUGUUUGAGACAUUCAAUAUUCCUGGAUUGUAUAUAGCGGUUCAACCUGUCCUAGCCCUUGCUGCUGGUUACACAACUUCAAAGUGUCAAAUGACGGGAGUUGUGGUUGACGUUGGAGAUGGUGCUACACAUGUUGUCCCAGUUGCAGAUGGUUAUGUAAUAGGCAGUAGUAUCCGAUCGAUACCUAUUGCGGGCAAGGAUGCUACCCAGUUUAUUCAGCAACUUAUGAAGGAAAGGGGAGAGCAUAUACCACCAGAAGAUUCUUUUGAAGUAGCAAGGAAGAUCAAAGAAACAUAUUGCUACACUUGUUCAGACAUUGUCAAGGAGUUCAAUAAGCAUGACAAGGAGCAUAGUAAAUAUACAAAGCAAUGGAUUGGUACCAAACCAAAGACCCGAGCACGAUACUCUUGUGAUGUUGGAUAUGAACGGUUUCUUGGUCCUGAGAUCUUCUUCCAUCCUGAGAUUUACAAUGAUAAUUUUACCACUCCUUUACCUGCUAUUGUGGACAAGUGCAUUCAGUUAUCACCAAUUGAUACCAGAAGGGCUUUAUAUAAGAAUAUAGUGUUAUCUGGGGGAUCAACAAUGUUUAAGGAUUUCCAUAGAAGAUUGCAACGAGAUUUAAAAAGGAUAGUGGAUGCACGGAUGGUAACAUCCAACGCCCAACUCAUCGAUGAUGUAAAAUCUCAACCCAUUGAAGUCAAUGUGGUCAGUCAUCCUUUUCAGAGAUACGCAGUUUGGUUUGGAGGUUCUGUGCUUGCAUCGACGCCUGAAUUUUAUGAGGCUUGCCACACAAAGGCAGAGUACGAGGAAUACGGAGCCAGCAUCUGCAGAACAAAUCCUGUCUUCAAGGGUAUGUACUGACAUCAAAAGACUGCAUACCAUAUCUUUGUAUGCAUCUACAACUCACUCCCCGCUCUAUACAUUUGUGAUGUGAUGAGAAGGGGCUUUU